CUGUUUGUUCGAUACAAUGCCAUGUCUAGUUGGCUUUUGGCGUUAUAUGGGAAAUUACGAAGCAAUUUUUGGAGGCGAUUAUUGAAAUUCUACCGAUUAGAGAAGCUUUUUGGCCGCGCACCGUAAAGUCCAGAAUCCACAGAUCAUGUGCAGCUGCGGGCAGUUCAAUCCCUUCUACAUUGGACCCUAUCCGGAGUGCGCCUGCGGGGACUGUCCGUAUGGAAAGUACUCGGGAUUCACGCGAUGUGGUUGGAGUGGCGGAAACGGACCCUUUGGCACCACCUUCAGUGAUCGCGGCUGUGGAGAUUCCCGCUACGGAGGAGGAGGAGGAGGUGGAGAAGGAGGAUGUGGAGGUGGAGGUGGCUGUGGACCCAGCUGGAAUCCCUUCUGUAGUCCAUCCUAUGGUUCCUGCUAUGGAUCGUCCUGUGGUCCCCGCCGUUCCCAACCUUCCUGUCGAUCUCCUUGUAGAGCAGACUGCAGCAUGAUGUGCUCCAGUAGAGUUGGCUGCUGUGGCCAAUCCUAUGGCCAAUCCUAUGGCCAACCGUAUGGCCAAUCCUAUGGCCAAUCCUGUGGCACAUCCUGCUGUUCCUGCUUUUGAGUACUGUAAUCCCACAUCCUCCCAUAUUACUGUGGCCUCUGGACUUUACUGUGUGCGGUUAAUUGGUUUCUUGAGCAAAAUUGAUUGUAAAGCA